AGUUUUAAAAACUUGCUGCCCAGUUUAGACCAAAACCAAUGGGAAUAAUGAGAGUAAAAAUCAGAUGGAAAAUGUACUUGAGCAAGCUCCAUGUGAAAACAUUUGUUUUGUAUACUUUCCUGUUGUUAGCUCUUGCGACCCUGUACAAGUUGUACAACAUGCAACACAACAACCCAGUCACAUUUUAUGCAGAUAACUUUGAAUUUUUCAAAGUAAAAAGCAGGAAAAUUAGUUAUGUUGAAAGGAAAAGAAGAUAUUGUAAUGUUUAUUCACUGCAGCACAAAUCAAACUGGACUGUAGGACAUAAAAGUAACAACCAUGGGUGUCGCCGUGUCCAGCCCAUGCCAGGAUCAUGUGACCUUGCUGAUGAAUUAUUCCUAUCUGAGCCACCUGCAUCUUGCUAUGAUGAAAUUAUAGAGUUUUGCAAGUUGAAGAAAGAUUCAGGAACAGGGUGGGUGGUGACCUGUAACAGAAACCUUACAAAGAACUGCAUGAUUGGUACAAUAGAUCCAGCGAAGGGGUCCACGACAUGGGAGAAGACAGCUGACAUUGCAUCCGAAAUAAAUUCAUGGAUUACAGGAAGCAAUCGUGGGAUGUUUGGAUUUUGUUUUAUAAGGUGCCCGGUGGAGACUGAAUAUAGCAACAUGGAUGAUCCUAUUUUUAAAGAACAGCUUCUGAUACUGCCUCCAGAUUUUAAUUUAGAAGAACAAGGCAAACGUUCGCCGACCUAUAAUAAAAUAAAUGUAAAUAUGAUUUUAAUAGAUUCAGUUUCACGUCAGCAUUUUUACAGAUCAUUGAAAAAGUCUGUAGCUAUUUUAGAAAAUAUGAAAAGUGCCGAUGUUUUUGACUUUGAAUUAGUUCAAGCUGUGAGGUCAAGGACAUUUGAAACUUUACAGACAAUUUUUUCUGGAGAUGUCGACCCAAAUGUACAGCCCUUUGGGACUCAAGAGAUACCGCCGGAGCCGCUUAAAGUUGGGGCACUUUUUGGGAAGUAUAAGGCACUUGGGUAUAGAACACUUUGGCUGGAAGACCUGUGUUACCUGUGGGAGUGGGGGAUCUCUAAAGAUUUACAUUUCUUAAACAAGUCUGGCAGCAGUGAACAGACUUGGGCUAGAAUGUGGCAGAAACUGGUGUUAAAUUCUAUUGACAGUGUGGGUGUGACUCUGGCCAUGUGUAGGGUGCUAGCAGCAAACAACCUAGAGGAUCAUUUUCACGGGCCCGACUCGGUUUGUUUCAAUGGUCGUCACCAGCAUGAAUAUUUGUUGGAUUAUCUUCUCCUGUAUCAGCAAGUAAUGGAAGAAUCACAACAGCCAUAUUUAACUUUUACGAUGACCAACGUAGGUCAUGAGGAUACUGGUAGACGUAUUCAAACGUUGGACGCUGCCUUGGCUAAGUACUUAUCCUCUGCCGCAUCCUUGCCCAAUACGCUAACCAUCGUAUUUUCUGACCAUGGCAAUGCCUAUGGACAGUAUAUUGAGAUGAGUGAGGAAGCACGUAUGGAGCUGUUUCACCCAUUUAUGUUCUUUCUCGUACCCAACACAUUAUCCAGCAAGCUUGGAUCUGAUUGGCUUACGUCUCUCGGUAUAAAUACCCAACGCCUCGUCAGUUUUUUAGAUCUACAUGUUUCCUUGCAUUAUCUCGCCGAUCCAACCUACCCAAUCUCAGUACAACACAACUACAAGAUCUCUCAUUUGGGUCUGUUUAACCCAAUUGAUGUGAACAGAACAUGCAAUGACAUCCCUCGUAUUAUGCCUAACCUAUGCAUUUGCCGUAACUUUGAAACGCCUCACAGAAACAACACCAAGCUAAAUUUAUUUGCUUAUUUCGCAAUGGGUCAGCUGAACAACGAAAUACAAAGACAGUUUCUUCUAAGAUCUAAACUAGCCAAGUCUACAGGACAAUACUCAGCCAGAGAACAGGGACAAGUUAAAACAUUCCAGAAGUGUGAGAGGCUUGAGCUUCAGCGUGUUGAAAACUUAAGGAGCAGCUAUGGAGAGAAUGGAUCUCAUAUACUGAAGAUGGAUUUAGUUGUCCAGAAAUCCGAAGUGUUUUUUGUAGCCGUGACCAUAAAGGAGAGCUCGGGUAGUCAGGGUGGCCCCAGGGUGAGCCUGGAGAUGUACGACCGCAUCACCCCCUACAGCAAGUUCUCCCCAUGUGCAGAUGACGUAGAUCUAGCACUUUGCAUCUGUGAUAUUUCUAAACCAGUUGUAAGCUCAAAUGACCAAGUGCCAAAAAUUCCAGACUAUGCAAGUUUGAAGCUGAUUCCAGAUUUCCAAAUGCAGGUGACGCAGUUAGAGUCAGACUCCAUGUGUUUGGUUCUUGUCACGGUCAAACACGCCCACGGAGCUGUCAUGUGUAUUGCCAACACUUGCAGUGACCUGGGUUUUAACGUAGCAGCUUCUAUAAAGGCCAAGGACGAUAUUGUGUACUUCACACCUACCACCACCAUUGUUGUUUUACCCGGGGGAAUGGUUGUGGUUGGUUUUAUUUAUAAUGACAGAAAUUCUGAUUGGACGAGCUCUUUAUCAUUUCAUAGCGUUGUUGCUGACAGUUUUUAAACUGUUGGAAACUGUUUUAAGUUAUGCGGGUUUAUAUCUUUUAUAACACUGGGGCUACAUUGUUUUUAAUUGGAUAAUUUUUUUGUGAAGGUUAAACAUGGGCAUUUUAACAAGGGUUAGUGAUCUGGGAAAAAUAAUUUUUAUUUUGACUGAGCUUUAUUUUCAUGAGCUAUUACUUAAGGUUUUUAUAUCCAUUUUUCUGAGGGUGAGGUUUGUGGUCAAAUUUAACACAAUUUUGUCCAAUGGUGCAAUUUUAUUCAAAUUUCUAGAUACUUGAAUCUUCAGUGACAUUCCAAGAAUAUCUAUUCUAAAGUCUAAUAAGUUAUAGAUUUAUUCAUUAACAUUUAAUUUAAUAAAGAUUACUAUAUUCAUUAACUUAAAAGGGGAAUAACUAUGUAAUGGUGAUGGGAUUAUUGGUGUUCACAUAUGUUUACAAAUGUCAGACCCAAUAAGAACACUAACACAGAGAAAAUAAUUGUCAUUUAGUUGGAGGUAAUGUAUCAAGAGAUAUUGAUGGUCUUUUUAAAACUGAAAUAUUGACUUACUUUUUUAUUUUUUACAAUUUUAGACACAAAAAAAUGUUUUUAAAAACUUGUGUGGCAACAAGCUUUCACUAUUGUGUCAAAAUAAAGAAGUGUUUUUAAUUUUCUUUUAUUUAAAUGUAUUUUAAAAGCUUGUUUAUACAAAGGUUUAUAUAUAUUUUUUAUUAUAUAUCAUGUUAACUAUCAAACUCAACAGCUCAUUAAUGCAGCAGUGUUUGCUAAAAUGGGGUAAAUAAUCAACAAUAAUAGAACAAGAUUUUCAUACUUAUAAUAUUCUAAAAACAUAUCUAGAACAACCAGGGUAUACAUAAUAAUAAUUCAUUCAUAAAAAGCUGCCCAUUCAUAAGUGUUUUGACCUUUUUCCAAUGGUAAAGUUUAUUAAACUCUUUUGAGGUUUCUAAAUACCUCAGUUAUUUAAACUAAGUAUAUGGUUUUUACUGAUGGUCUGAUGAAUAGUUCAUAUGAUGGUGAUAUAUUUCACUAAUGUACUUAUUCUAAAUAAAUCAGUUAUUGAAAUACAUUUUAAUCUUCGCACUGUUCGGUUUUUACUGAUGGCCUGAUGUAUAAUUAACAUAUUUGUGAUAUAUAUUACACUAAUACACCUACUUGGAACUAUAUUGUGUUAGUUGUAUUGAUGUAUUAAGAUAAUCAUUUCAUAACUACCUUUGUCACUUUCUUGUUGUUUAGAGUUAGUAUUUUCAAUGUUAGGUUCACACACUCUUCUUUAUCAUGUCACAACCUCUAAAAUUAUAAACCAAUUAGAAAUAUUUUAUUUAUUCAUUUCCCUACUGACAAUGGAAAUAAUCCAAAUUGUGUUCAGUUAUUUUUUUUUUCAAAUUGACUAAAAACAUUAUAAAAUGACUAAGUUGAAUGUGCAAUGACCAUUCAUACAUUGCUUUUGCGUUAAACUAUUUUAGAAAAAAACUAUUUAAUUGUAGUGUAUAUUUAAAUUAAGUCACUAAUUACAAGUGUGCAAAUAAUGUUUUGCAUUGAGGUGUUAUAUGUUGAUUAGGGAAUAAUUUGUGUAAAACACCAUGUUUAAUAAUGAUAAUCAAGUGCAUAUUUACAGUUUGUUAUUUAUUGAAACUGUUAUUUGUUGAAUAGAAUAUAUAUUAAUAUAAUAUAGUAACUACUUGAUGUUUUGCAAAUGUUUUUUUAUUG